AGUGGUGUGUGUGCGAUGCUGAAGCAGGAUUCGGUGAAUUUAGAAAUUGUGAACAAAGAAUAUAGGACACCAUUGCUUGAAGCUGUUUCGGACGGUCACCUCGGAAUAAUGCAGCGGCUGAUAGCCAGGGGCGCGAAUGUAAAUGUUGUCGAACAUGGAGGAAAUAAUUGCCUGCACCUGGCGUUAGCAACCAAUGAAUUUAAUUCUGAGGUGGAGCACAUGACCAUGUUAGAUCAGUUCUGCGUAGAGCUGAAACUGGGAAACGAAGAAAGGUGCUCUGGUGUGGUAGUUGCCAGCUACCUAGCCCACCACGGGGCCAACUUUUACUGUAAAAACAAAAUUGGCAGAACACCAUUGGACCUAAUAGAAGAGGAAGAUUUAAAAAAGAUGUUAAAGACGUUAUUCUCACCGCAAUGUGUGUUUUGUGAAGACGAAGUGGCCACAGAGACGUUCUUUCCAUGUAAACAUCUUUCGCUGUGUAAGAAAUGCUGUCCCCAAAAGAUACCUAAACAAUGCCUCAAGUGUGGACAGAAUAUAACGAGCAAAAAUAGUUUGGUUGGUCCAAAUUCGUCAAAUAUGGAAGUCCAGAUGGUGGCAGGACCAGUUGAGAGUCCAGAGCUGAAGGAGAAGGAUCUUCUGAGAGUGGCUAAGAGGUUAGGAAGAGAUUGGUGGCAAGUAGCAAUUUUUUUAGGAGUUGAUACAACUAACUGAAAAUUGAUGAUGAGUCUAUUGACGCUGUAAAACAAGGCUAUCUGAUGCUUUACGAAUGGUACAGGAAUUGCGACCCAGAAACACGGACACACGCAACAUUACGUGCAGCUCUUGAAGAAGCUGAAUGUGUCGCUGCGAUGGAAUGUCUGUCAUUAGACGCAAAGUGAAUUUCUGUGUAACUGUUGUUGUUUAGCCUCAGAUUAACCUCGACCAAACAGAGACUUAUGAUCAAACGCAUUCCAGCCAGGACCAUCAUGCCUAUUUCCAAAGAGAACCCACAACCACAUUGUCCAAUAUGCCCUUCUGUACAGUGAUAUCGUGUGAAUUUAGCUGCUAAUUCUAGCAGGUAUAUCAGCCACAUAGUGAUCCCUUCACUGGUUUGGCUCCUUUGUUAAAAAUUCACAUUUAAAAUAAAGACAAACUUUGAAAUGUUCA